CUCUACCACCCAUUCUCAUUUCCUACUAGGAAAGGUUUACAAUCCAACAUGCACAUUUUUCUCUCACAACACCCACUAAAUUUUCACUAAAAUCAUUCCAUUCCAAAAAAAAUAAAAAAUAAAAAAUAAAAAAUAAAUAAAAUAAUGAAUGCCGAUCAACACUCCUCCCAGACGCAGGGAAAGAUCAAGCGAGCUCGCGGCGGCGGCAGGAACACCAAGCACCCUGUCUACCGCGGUGUCCGGAUGCGGAGCUGGGGGAAAUGGGUGUCCGAAAUCCGGGAGCCGCGGAAGAAGUCGCGGAUUUGGCUAGGGACCUUCCCCACCCCCGAGAUGGCGGCGCGUGCUCAUGACGUCGCCGCGCUCAGCAUCAAGGGCUCCUCCGCCGCCCUCAAUUUCCCCCAAAUCGCCGCGGAUCUCCCCCGCCCCGCCUCCCUCAGCCCGCGCGACGUCCAGGAGGCGGCCGCGAAGGCUGCGGCUAUGGACAAAUUCGAUGUUUCUCCGUCGCCGCCGUCGCUGGCAUCGCUUGUGUCGUGCCUCGACAUAUCGGCGGCUGAGGAGGAGUUGAGUGAGAUCGUGGAGCUGCCGAGUUUGGGGCCGCCGUGUUUCGAGGGGAAUGAGUUUGUGUGUGUGGAGAACGCGGUGGAAGAGGGGUGGUUCGACGCGCCGCCUCUGUGGGGCGAUGCGGAUGCUGGGAUUUCGAGCUGCUUCGAAACUUUGCUGUGGAAUUAUUGAUUUUAAUUGUGCAUUUUAGGUGAGUUUUUUCUUUUGUAAUCAUCUUUUAUUCUACCCUCUUUUCUCGUAAUUAGAGAAAUUCUAGCCCUUUUUAUUUUUUUAAUCAAGGGCUUGCAUUUCUUUCUCUUUCUCAAAUCAAUCCUAUUGUACAUUCUUCUCUCUUACUCUUUUUUUAAUGAAAAAUGCUCGAGCAACCACAAUAAUGUGUAAAAG